AUGGGUUCCACUAAUCCAGAAGUAGAGCAAAAGAUCCUUGCCGAUACACCGGCAGUUGCAGACGAGGAGAAUGUGAAUGACUCUGCGAUUGAGUCUCCGGCGGAGAAGCCGGUGGACGACUUUAUAUUCGAUCAAGGCCUUGUUUCAUGGCUCCAGGUUCUGGGCUCUUUCUUUCUCUUCUUCAAUUCAUGGGGCGUGAUCAAUACAUGGGGUGCAUAUCAAACUUACUAUGAGUCGAACUUACUUUCCGGGACAUCGUCGUCUACUAUCGCAUGGAUUGGAUCCCUUCAAUCGUUCCUGUUGAUGCUUGUGGGAGUAAUCACCGGUCCAUUGUUUGAUGCAGGUUACUUCCGAGUCAUGAUUGGCGCUGCCAACAUCAUGCUUCCUUUUGGUUUGAUGAUGACCAGCCUUGCCACUGAAUACUGGCAGUUGAUUCUCGCUCAAGGUGUCGUCAUUGGAAUAGCUGCGGGGUGUCUGUUUGUGCCCUCGGUGGCCCUCCUGCCACAGUAUUUCCGAGAUAAAAGAGGUUUCGCCAACGGACUAGCCGCUAGCGGCAGCAGUAUUGGCGGCGUAGUAUACCCCAUCAUGUUUGAUCAACUGGAGAAGAAGGUCGGCUUUGCUUGGGCUACUCGAGCAAUUGGUUUCCUCACUUUUGGAACAAUCUUCAUCUCAUUCAGCAUCAUGCGCAUCCGUAUCCCGCCAAGAGAAAAGCGUAAGCUCUACCAGCUUUCUGCUUUCAAAGACCCGGGUUACUGCAUUUUCUGUGCCGCCAUGUUCCUGGGUUUCCUUGGGUUCUACAACUUCCUCUUUUACGUCCAGUCAUAUGCUAUUGACACAGGCAUCGUUGAUGAUAACCUGGGUUUCUAUUUGCUGUCCAUUCUUAACGCUGCCUCCACUUUCGGUCGUGUUGGACCAAACUUCCUUGCUGAUCACACUGGCCCUCUCAAUAUGCUCACCCCGGCGGUGACCAUCACUGCAAUCUUGGCCUUUGUAUGGAUUCGUGUCCACACCAUCCCUGGUAUCAUCAUUCUUUCUGUCAUGUAUGGAUUUUUCUCCGGUGGUUUUGUGUCGAUGCCCCCGGUUGUCAUGGCAUACAUGACUCCUGACGUGCGUGACCUCGGCACUCGUCUUGGUCAGGUCUUUGCUGUCACCUCUAUUGGUCUGCUGAUCGGUACUCCCAUCGGUGGUGCCAUUCUGAGCAGCACUGGUAGCUACCUUGGCGUGCAGCUCUUCACGGCCUGCUGCCUCAUUUCUUCCGCUGUCCUUAUGGCGACUUUGAGAUUUGUGCGGUCGGGCCCACAUCUGAUUUCUAAGACUUGA